GAGCUAACGUAAAGCUAUAACAAAGGGAAGUAACUCUGUUUCUUACACACGUGUUUUUCCUGUGUGAACCACGAGGCCAAUAUUUGGAACAAAUCCACACUGCACAUAUGGAUCAUUUAAAAGACGGAUGGUUUAGCGAAUUGAGCGAGCUGUGGCCCGGACAAUGCAUGUCUCUUCAAGUGGAGAAAGUUCUUUUCCAUGAAAAGUCAAAAUAUCAGGAUGUCUUGGUUUUUAAAAGUAAGACGUAUGGCAACGUCCUGGUCCUGGAUGGUGUGAUACAGGCUACAGAGAGAGACGAGUUUUCAUAUCAGGAAAUGCUUGCACAUUUACCUCUGUGUUGCCACCCAAAUCCAAAGAAAGUGUUGAUCAUCGGGGGUGGUGAUGGGGGAGUGGCCCGUGAGGUCCUGAAACACCCUGAGGUCGAGAGAGUUGACAUGUGUGAGAUCGAUGAGAAAGUUAUAGAAGUAAGUAAAGAAUAUUUACCUGAGAUGUCAAGCAGCUUUGCUAAUCCCCGCUUGAAUCUCCAUAUUCAUGAUGGCUUCGACUUCAUGGGCAAACACCAUGGAGAGUUUGAUGUCAUCAUCACUGACUCCAGCGAUCCUAUAGGCCCUGCAUCAUCACUGUUUGAGAAGUCCUACUAUGAACUGAUGAAGAAGGCCCUCAGACCAGGCGGCAUCUUAUGUAGUCAAGGAGAGUGUGUGUGGCUUCAUUUGGAUCUCAUCCGGAAUAUGCUGGACUUUUGUAAGACCAUCUACCCCUCUGUCAGCUACAGUUAUACCACGAUACCAACCUAUCCCAGUGGCCAGAUUGGCUUUGUGUUGUGCAGUCUGAACCCAGAUAUGAACUUUGAGGACCCAAUCAAUGCUUUGAGCCAAGAGCAGGGUGAGAAGCUGAAACUCAAGUAUUACAACACUGCAAUCCAUAAAGCAGCAUUUGUGCUCCCAGAGUUUGCAAGAAAAGCACUACGAGACGCAUGAUCUAGAUUCCUCAUGUCGACUGGCUAUCAACCAUGGUAAUGCAGGUUACCAGUCGUACAGGCUGAUGUAUAUAUAUCUUUACAGAUAUAUAUCACUGUUUAAUCAUGGCACACUAAUGGGGGAGGGAUUGUUUUGUUACAUAUUUGUUACGUUUCUGUAUUUUUAAAAGCAUGGAAAUCCCGACAAAGAAAAGAUUAGAUUGUGGAUUGGAUGGUCAAACUCUUGGAUACAUCUGUAUCAUCAUACCCAGAUAGCUGGAUCGUGGAUUGGAUGGUCAAACUAUUGGAUACAUCUGUAUCAUCAUACCCAGAUAGCUGAAUCGUGGAUUGGAUGGUCAAACUAUUGGAUACAUCUGUAUCAUCAUACCCAGAUAGCUGGAUUGUGGAUUGGAUGGUCAAACUAUUGGAUACAUCUGUAUCAUCAUACCCAGAUAGCUGAAUCGUGGAUUGGAUGGUCAAACUAUUGGAUACAUCUGUAUCAUCAUACCCAGAUAGCUGGAUCAUGGAUUGGAUGGUCAAACUCUUGGAUACAUCUGUAUCAGCAUACCCAGAUAGCUGCAUUGUGGAUUGGAUGGUCAAACUAUUGGACGUAGCUGUAUCAUAUCACCCCAAUGGGUCAACAUUUGGUCUCAUUAAAAUCCAUUCCGUCUCGGCCAUCUGAUAUGUCAGAAUAUUCCUUGGUCCAGUUUUAGAGUUUUGAAUCAAGAACUUUGUUAAAUAUUUUUCAAACUGGAUGUCGCCAUGUAUCUCAAGAAUGCUACUUUGUAAUUAGCUGAUGGCGACUUCAGAUGUCCUCAGGUCUUGUUUUAGCAGUAGAGAGCAGCAAGAUUGCAUUCCUGGCCAUGGUCUCAGUCACUGGUUCGUCUGCCCCAGGCUUAUUAUGCCAUAUUCGCUCACUCCAUGAGCAUAAUUGGUCCACGGUUCUUCCAUAUUUGUAAAAUGUGUCUAAGAUGAGAUUUCAUCAUUUGUCAGGAAAAAAAGCAUUAUAAUCAGGUUGGCAUUUUGGGAAAGGUCAGUCAAUAGUGCUGAAAUCCUUUCCACUCAACAGAUGAUAUUAUAUCUGUGUUCACGUGAUGACCAGUGGCAUUAAAACCAGACUGUACAGUUGUCAUAUAUUACUGUUUCCUUCAUGUCGAUUUGAAUUUCUUGCAAAUUUUGACAUUGUUUUAAUCCAUUGCAACAGAAAACAUUCAAUGUUUAAAGGUACAAUGUCACACCACACUUCUCUGAAAAAAACGUAAUGCGUUUCUCUUAAUAAUACCAACUAUCAGCCCUCAGGGAAGCUACCAUAUAAUGUUUUUCUUGCAAAUGCAUAAGUUGAUGGCAAGCUUGCAGGUAAAAAGCAGUUUCAGGAACUGAACUUCUUUAAUGUUUUGUCUUUUACUUAUGACAUAGUGGUAAGCUGUUUGUCUUGUUAUGUGAAAAUCUAAACCCAAGGUCAGCUUUCAGGUUUUGAAAAAACAUUGUUAUGUCAUCAAUCUUUGGCGACAUAUUGAAACAUCAUUUGCAUGUUUAGUAACAAAUCCUACAAGGUCCAACCAAAGUCAAAGUCUGAAGGUAAAGUCAGGGUGGUAUAUUAAGGCUGGAGUAACUCUGAAUCACUGUGUGAAUUAAUUUUGAAAAGUCACUAGCCAGAGGGGCUAGUUAAGUAUAAUUGUUGCUAGUCCACAUCCUACUUACUAGCUCGGCAAAAUAUCAAUAUAAAAAUGCACAUCGGUCAGAAUUGGUGUCAUGUUUGCUAAUUGAAGAUGUCAAACAUUUGUAUUUUAAUGGUUCCUAACCUCUUUGGCGCAAUGCUAUUAACAUUUUUUAUCCCCGCCGGCACGUUUAGCGCGAAGCGGGUGAUAUAGUAUUAGGCUCCGUCCAUCCGUACGAAUUGGAAUAUCUUAAGAACCGUUGACUGGAUUCUUUUAUAUUUGGUACCUAGGUUCAUCACAGUGAAAGAAAGGUCCCAGUCAGGUUUGGUGACCUUGACCUUCAUUUCAAGGUCACUUUAACGUGUAACCUUGUCAGCUUAUUUGUCAAGAACCGUUCACUGGAUUUUCUUCAUAUUUGACACCAAGCUUUAUGUAGGGAAGGUGC